CACAGAGAGAAGAGAUUUUUCAAGAAGAAAUAACAACUUCCUCAUCAUCAAUCGUUGUGAGCUAUUCAUUUCUAAUCAUUCUGCACUUACAGGCAUAUCUGUCCUUGCCAUGGCUGAUGAUGAUGAUUCCCCUAGUAUAGGGGACACAAUAUGUAAAGUUUUGAUGCCAUUCAUGGCUGUGGUUGAAGUAUUCAUGAUUGCUGUGGCUAAUUGUUUCAACUAUCAAUCAAGAUGCAUUGGUAAAAAUCAGAAACCUUACUACAAUUAUGAGGAUCUCGCUCGCCUUGCUCAAGGAACCAGAUUUACUGUUAAUGAAGUGGAGGCAUUGUAUGUGCUGUUUAAGAGGUUAAGUAGCUCCAUAAUUGAUGAUGGUUUGAUUCACAAGGAGGAACUUCAAUUGGCUCUAUUCCAAACUCCUAAUGGAGAAAAUUUUUUCCUAGAUCGAGUAUUUGACCUUUUUGACGAGAAAAGCAAGGGUGUUAUCGACUUUGACGAAUUUGUCCACACGCUCAGUAUUUUCCAUCCUUAUGCUCCUCUAGAAGAAAAAAUUGAUUAUGCAUUUAAGCUUUAUGAUAUACGAAAAACUGGAUUUAUCGAGCGAGAAGAACUCAAGCAAAUGGUGAAAGCCAUGUUGAUGGAAUCUGACAUGAACCUUUCGGACGAUCUUCUUGAAGCUAUUGUUGACAAGACAAUUGCUGAUGCCGAUAAGGAUAAGGAUGGUAAAAUCAGUAAAGAAGAUUGGAAAGUUUUUGUGAGUAGAAAUCCAUCCAUAUUGAAGAACAUGACACUUGCUUAUUUGAAGUAA